AUGUCGCAACCAGAUGUCCCAGACGUGGGGACACAGGAGAACCCUCCUCCAAGUACCGAUAUAUCAACCGAAACGUACCAACCAGCAAUCCAGCAACAACUAGGGACCACAACGUCUGUACCGACUCCAUCAGUUCCCGUCCCCGAAACGAGGGACAUUGUGAUGAGCGAUAGCACUCCGGAUAGACCAGCUUCUCCUGCAAACGCAAUGGGCGUAACGAAUGUUCCCAGUCCCGUUCCCCCAAGAACUGGUACCCCGGGACGCAAUACAAAUGGCAACGACGCAACCUCGCGAGCAACUUCACAGCACCCCGAUCCCGCCCCUACGAUCCCGAAAGAGGCGCCACCUCAUGGCGCGCCUACAAGACAGUACCUUAAUAGCAAAGUUACGGGUGUGCUGCUAGAUGGAAUGAAGCACGUAGCGAAAGAGCAACCUAAGGAUCCUUUACGAGUGCUGGGAGAGUACCUACUACAGAAGUCCAGAGAAUUGGAGGGGACGUAA